AAACAUUCUCCAUUUUCAAUUCAUUCAUACAAAAAAAUAAACAAUAAAAUAGAUAAACACAAAUUUAUUCCACAAAGAAAGAAAUGGAUUUCAGGCUAAUGGGUUUGGAUUCUCCACUCUUCAACACUCUCCACCACAUUAUGGACGACACAACCGACAAGAAUCUAAACGCGCCGACACAAACAUAUGUUCGCGACGCAAGAGCAAUGGCUGCAACUCCCGUUGAUGUAAAGGAGUUUCCAAAUUCAUACGUGUUUGUGGUGGAUAUGCCUGGGUUGAAAUCCGGUGACAUAAAGGUUCAGGUUGAAGAUGAGAAUGUGCUAUUGAUAAGUGGUGAGAGGAAAAGAGAAGAAGAGAAAGAAGGUGUGAAAUAUUUGAAGAUGGAAAGAAGGGUUGGCAAGUUUAUGAGGAAAUUUGUGUUACCUGAGAAUGCUAAUGUUGAAGCUAUCUCUGCUAUCUGUCAAGACGGUGUUCUUACUGUUACUGUUAAUAAGUUGCCUCCACCUGAACCUAAAAAACCAAAGACUAUUGAGGUUAAGAUCGCUUGAGCGGUGUUCAAUUUCAUGUUCACAAAUUGCAACUCAACCAACGUUUGCUUACUAAAUGCUAUGUCUGUCUUUUUGUAGUUUGUUUGUAUGGAAAUGGUUUCGUGUCUUUUCUGCAGGCUCUUUAUAUGAUGAUCAUGCGAUGUAAUGUGUGCUAAUGCUUUAAUAAAAUAUAUGAAAAUGAGUUUUAAAUACCUAUCAAUGUUGAAUUAGUGCAUAUUUCACUAUUAGAAUAUGUUGAACCUAUCAAUCAUCAUGAAGA